AUGGAGUGGGUCAAUGAGACGCUGGUGAGAGAGUUUGUCUUCCUCGGCUUCUCCUCUCUAGCCGGGCUGCAGCGGCUGCUCUUUGUUGUCUUCCUGCUCGUCUACCUGUUCACUCUGGGCACCAACGCCGUCAUCAUUUCCACCAUUGUGCUGGACAGAGCCCUGCACACCCCCAUGUACUUCUUCCUUGCUGUACUCUCCUGCUCUGAGACUUGCUACACCUUCGUCAUUGUACCCAAGAUGCUGGUGGACCUGCUGGCCCAGAAGAAGACCAUCUCCUUCCUGGGCUGUGCCAUCCAGAUGUUCACCUUCCUCUUCCUAGGCUGCUCCCACUCCUUCCUGCUGGCAGCCAUGGGUUAUGAUCGCUACGUGGCCAUCUGUAACCCUCUGCGCUACACGGUGCUCAUGGGGCAUGGGGUGUGUGUGGGACUAGUGGCUGCUGCCUGUUUCUGUGGCUUUACUGUUGCACAGAUCAUCACAUCCAUGGUGUUUCACCUGCCCUUCCACUCCUCCAACCAACUACACCACUUCUUCUGUGACAUUUCUCCUGUUCUCAAGGUGGCAUCUCACCAUACCCACUUUUGUCAGAUUGUCAUUAUCACGCUCUGUGCAUUGGUCUUGGUUAUCCCCCUGUUACUGAUUUUGGUAUCCUAUGUUCACAUCAUCUCUGCCAUACUUCAAUUUCCUUCCACAUUAGGCAGGUACAAAGCUUUCUCUACCUGUGCUUCUCACCUCAUUGUUGUCAUUGUCCAUUAUGGCUGUGCCUCCUUUAUCUACUUAAGGAUUAAGUCCAACUACUCCUCAAGCCAGGAUGCUCUCAUAUCAGUAUCUUAUACUAUCCUAACUCCAUUGUUCAAUCCAGUGGUUUACAGCUUGAGAAAUAAAGAGUUCAAAUCAGCUCUUCAAAGAGUUGUGGGAAGAACAAUUUCUCUGCCACAACAUUAA